ACCUUAUAUAUGUACUUGUGGAAAUAAAUAUAUUGUAUAUCAUCAUGAAGCAGGGUUCGAUACAACGCAAGCUGUCAGUGGGCCUUACUAACCCAACAAGAAGAUAGCAACAUCAGGGCUGGUCUUCAUGAGCAUGUGGAAUUUUUUGGAGACCACACUGUUCUGAAAUAUAUUCAGUAUUGAGGUACACCAAUCUGGUCUCAAUAUGCAACCUCAAACUCUUCAGGAACUAUGUUUGGAUGAAGCUUGUUUGAUCCCUACUGAAUCCUACAUAAGGCUGCCUUGGACUUUAAAAGACCAGCUUUUAAAUAAAUUAACCAGAAGAGGCAGGUGUAAUGAUUCCAUUUUCUCGUGGCUCCUUCAUUCUCGUGUGACUGAACUUGAUCUUCAUGAUUGUAUAAUAUCUGAUGCUGCACUAGAAACCCUUGAGGUGGCUAAGAGUUUAAAGGUUUUACAUUUGCCUGAGCCACCAGUUGUUGAUAAUGAUAAUUUUUCUGAAAACUCACUGAUUCGACUAGGAGAAGGAAAACCAAAGUUGAGGAUAGUGGCUCUCAAUGGGCUUUCUGGGGUGACUGAUCGUGUCAUAGGAUCACUGGUGGGCGGUUGUCCUCAGUUACAGGAGCUACAUAUAUCAUCGACAGCUAUUACAAACCAUGCUCUUGCUGCCCUUGCAACUCUGACACAACUAGUCAGCUUAAAUAUUGGUAAAACACAGAUUAGUGAUUUGGGAAUACAGCAGUUAGUAAGCGGAGGAGUUGGUCAUAGUCUGCGUGAACUACGUAUUGAUGGUUGUGCACGUCUUACUGAUGAUAGUAUUGAAUCAAUUUGUAACUGUUGUAGCCACCUUAACAUUCUGUGUUUCCAUCACUGCCCUAGACUGUCAGAGCGUUCUAGAGAACUAGUGGAUGAAUAUAAGGCGUGGAGAAUGAAGCAGCUUACAUGGACUGUGUACUGAUUUGGGUGUAGUAUUGACAACAGAAGAGUAUUAAUCAUCUGUUCUAUCCUUUCUGUCUGCCAGUUAUAGUCAUAUCAGUUUUUUUCUUCACUCUUUCAGUGGCAGAUAAUACUUACAAUCUUCUGAUUUCCACAAAUAUUCAGAUUGCACCUUGACCCACAUGGGUUUAGCACAUCACAGUAUGGGUUCCCAUAUUUGCCAGGUUAAGUUUCUGGAGACUUGCAAUUAUGGAAAAGUCUUUGAAAGUAAUGUAUGCAGUAUGUUCACUGAUAUUGUUGAUGGUGGUCCUAUGGUUCAUGUACUGUGUAGUGGGUUCCACUAACAAUUACUAUGUGGUUUAUGAGUACACUAUGCUAUGGUAAAUUCUAACUGUUGUACUCCUUAUACUUUAUUGUAUUGAGAUACGGUCUUACUGCUGUGCUCACUGUACUAACCUGCAAGUAAUGCAUGUUGAAAUAUCACAUCAACAAUGAGCAUAAUGUACUUUGAAGAA